AUGACACCUCUUCCAAACAGAUGCCUGCCAAUAAUUGUUCUGGUGAUUUUGUUCUUGUGGGGUGGAUAUUCUAAACAAGCCGAAUCGCCUAUCAAAUAUACAAUCCAAACUCUCGUUAGUAAUUUACAAAAACCUGGUGGCCUGCACAUGUACAACAAUGAGAUUUACUUUGUGGAUCAGUACAAUAAUAUUGUCCAGAAAAGAAGUGCUAAUGGUGAUGUUACCAUUAUUGCUGGCAAGGUUGGUCAACAAGGUUCUACAGGAGAUGGACAGUUAGCUACCUCUGCCAAACUAUACUAUCCAUAUGGUGUCUUUGUUAUGGACAAUAUCAUUUAUAUUGCAGAUCAAUAUAACUGUAAAAUUCGUAUGGUGAGUUCUAAUAUCAUUGCAACAAGUGUUGGGGUUCCUGGUUGUGGAGAUGCUAUAGGAGCCACAGGAGUAACUCAACUAGACCAUCCACCAGCUAUCUUUGUACCUUACACUGGCUUAUAUUAUAUUGCUGACUUUUAUAAUCACAAAGUUAAAAAGGUCGAGUCAGGAACUGUUACCACUAUUGCAGGUACUGGAACGGCUAAUUAUAAUGGAGAUGGAAUUCAAGCAAGUACAGCUCAGUUAAAUGAACCCCAUGGUGUUUUCGUUAGAAAUGAUAAGAUCUACAUUGUCGAUAAGAAGAAUCAUCGAAUAAGAAUGAUUCAACCAGACGGAAAGAUUUCAACUGUUGCAGGAAAUGGAACCUUAGGAUUUGGACCAGAUAAUGUUGCUGCAAAAUCUUCCAUGCUGCAAGAUCCAGUAUUUGUCUAUGUUACUCAAGAUGAAGUAAUUUAUAUAUCAGAUCACGAAAACAAUAGAAUUAGAAGAGUGAAGAAUGGAAUCAUUUCAACCAUUGCUGGUAAUGGAAUACAAGCCCUUGCAGAUGAUGGGUCAAUUUCACAUUUGAGUCCUCUUUCACUUCCUGCUGGUUUGUUUGUGAAUGAAACUACUGGACAAAUUAUAUUUGCAGAGAGAGGUACGAAUAAGAUUCGUGUUUUAAUGCCAACUUGCGAUAAUGGUUACAACCUGAACAGUAAUGGCACACAGUGUUUUACAAGCUUUUGUAAUGGUAUUGAGAGUAUUAACUUUGCAACAGUUUGCUCAGGUAGAGGCAAAUGUAUUGGAAACAAUCAGUGCCAAUGUGAUGAACCAACAAGUUGGGGAGGAGCUAAUUGUGAAAAACCAAAAUGUUCUGGAAUUCUUCAGGGAGAAUCCAAUGUUUGUAAUGGAAGAGGUCUUUGUUCAGCAGUUGACUCGUGUCAGUGUACAAGUCCAGCAGCAUGGGGAGGUCAAAAUUGUGAAAAACCAAAAUGUAAUGGAGUUUUACAAGGUAAUGCUGGUGUAUGUAAUAGUAGAGGUGUUUGCUCAGCACCAGAUUCUUGCACAUGUAAUGUACCAAACAAUUGGGGAGGAUCAGAUUGUCAAUAUCCAAAGUGUGACAACAUACUGUCAACUGAUCCCAAAGUUUGUAGUGCAAAUGGAACAUGUGUUGGUGUGGGUUCAUGUGCAUGCAAUACAAAUUAUACUGGAGUCUUCUGCCAAUUUCCAAAAUGUAAUAGUAUAGCAGCCAGCGACGCAAAUGUUUGUAAUAGAAAUGGUGUCUGUACGGCCCCAAAUGUUUGUAUUUGCGAUCCAAAUUAUUCAGGUCAAUUUUGUGAAAAUCCUAAAUGUGGAUCUUAUUUUAAGGGUGAUCCGCUUGUUUGUAACUCAAGAGGAAUAUGUAGUUCCAUUGAAAAUUGCAAUUGUAACGAUCAAAAUAAUUGGGGAGGUAACCUAUGUCAAUUUCCAAAAUGUAAUAACAUUAUUUCUACAGAUGGAACUGUUUGUAAUAGCAGAGGUACAUGUCAGUCUCCUAACACUUGCCAAUGCACUGAUAGCAGCUCGUGGGGAGGCGUAAACUGUGAGAAACCCAAAUGUUAUGGUAUUCUUCAAGGGGAAUCUAACGUUUGUAGUGGUAAAGGGACAUGUAUUGGUGUAAAUCAGUGUUCAUGUGUUAAUGGAUAUGGAGGAGAGAGAUGUCAAUAUCCUAAAUGUAAUGGAAUCUUAUCUAACUCAUCAAUUGUUUGUUCUGGACAUGGUACGUGUGUAGGAAUAGACAACUGUCAGUGUUCUCCACUAUAUACAGGUGCGUUAUGUCAGGUUCCAAUUUGUUUUGGAAUUAAUGCAACCAACUCAACUAAUGUUUGUUCAGGGCAUGGUGUAUGUAUUGCUGGAAAUCAAUGCUCUUGCUCUUCUAACUACUAUUCAUCAGAUUGCAGUGUAUGGGAUUGUUUUGGAAUUCAAAACAAUUCAACAAAGGUUUGUAGUGGACGAGGAGUAUGUCAAUCUCCAAAUAUUUGUUCUUCAUGUCAAACAGGAUAUUAUGGAAAUAAUUGUGAAACGUACUUUUGUGGUGACAAGAUGCACAAUUCCACAGAUGUUUGUUCUAGAAAUGGAAACUGUACUGCUCCAAACAAUUGCUCUUGUUUGAAUGGAUAUUUUGGUAAUAAUUGUGAAAGUUAUAAUUGUAGUGGUCUAUUGAAUAAUUCCUCCAAAGUAUGCUCAUCACAUGGCUAUUGCUCUUCUCCUAAUAAUUGCAUCUGUAGUUCUGGAUAUAGCGGAAACGAAUGUGAAAACUAUUCCUGCAAUAAUGUGAAUCACAAUUCUUCAAUGGUUUGUUCAGGAAACGGAAAUUGCACUUUGCCAAAUAUUUGUCAAUGUAAGGAUGGUUAUUUCGGGGAUAAUUGUGAGACUUUUUAUUGUAAUGCUCAAUUGCAUAAUUCUACAAGUGUUUGUUCUGGAUUUGGCACUUGUACUUCUCCUAAUUCCUGUACAUGUAAGAUUGGAUAUGAUGGAUUGGAUUGUGAAACAUUUUAUUGUAAUGGAGUCCUUUUCAAUAAUUCUAAUGUUUGUUCUGGGCAUGGAAACUGCAAUAUCACCGAUACCUGUAUAUGUAAUGAAGGAUUUACUGGAAUUAAUUGUGACCUCUUCCAUUGCUUUGGAGUGAUUUAUACAAAUUCAUCUUUAGUUUGUUCAGGACAAGGUAGUUGCAUUUAUCCUAACACGUGUGCUUGUAAACCAGAUUAUUUUGGAGCGAAUUGUAAGGAAAAAAUUGUAAAGGAAAAGAGAUUAAUAGAAAUAAUUGGUAAACCAAAAGCUGUUGUCAAAGGAUUGAACCAAGUUAUAGAUAUGAACAUCAUUGGUGCAUAUUUAGAAUAUAUUAAUGAUUUUGAAUCCAUUAGACUUUCUAAUAAUUGUACAAAUUGUACUUGGACGAAUUUGAAAUAUUCAUGGCAGAUUAGUGAUGGAAAUCAAAAAAUUUAUUCGCAACCACCAGAGUAUAUACUUGCCAGUUUUAUUGGAAGAUCUACUAAUGGUUUGUACAAACUUUCGUUUAGUCCAGUUCUUUCUCUAAAAGGAAGUUUUCAUAAUAACGGUCAAGGAAACUUGACACUGAGUGUGAAAUUUUAUAAUUCUCAAAAUCUCUCUGAAACAGUUGAAUUUUUAGAAAGCAUUCCAAUAUUGUCUCCUCCUGAAAGAUUACAUUCUAAUGUUAAUAUUUUACCUCAAACAGGAAUGGCCCUUUCAACGCUUUUCAACUUUGAAGAAGAUUUGAACAACUGGAUUGUACCAUACGAGCUUUCCCCGUUAGAGUUUGCAUUUGGUUUUGAAUAUUCGAAUGUACAUGGGGAAAACAUUGUUAUUCGAAUGAAUGAGUUUUCAAAGAAUCUUACUUGUUCAUGCUACCUUCCUUAUUUGUCUAAUAACAAAACUGAGUCUGCCACUGUUCAAAUAUAUGUCAUUGCAAGAGACAGUCUCUCCAAUCAAUAUUCAAAAUAUUUUGGUUCAGUCCAAGUUCUUCUCAACUCUGAAGAUGCAGAAACCUUACAGUAUAGAAUAAGACACGAUGAGAGAUUGUCGGUUAUCCUUCCAUACGAUCAAUCAAGAAAACAAUCAAAUGAAAUAAUAUACGAAUAUGUGAACAGUCUUAACCUCCAUGUUGAAAAUCCUUCACUUACUUUGGAAGUUAUUAACCAGUUGACAACAACAAAUUCAUUAGAAAACAAAGUAGCUUCUAUCCUUAGUUCCAAAUUGGAGAAUUUCUUGGGCUCGGUAAAUGAAAUAAUCAAAAGUGAUAAGUCUUCCAAUGGUUAUCUCUCUAAACAAAGAAUGUCAGAAAGCGAUUUGAAAAAUACCUUGUCAUCUGCCAGCAAUAUUUUAUUGAACGGAUUUGUUAAUGUGACAACUCUUUGUUCCCAAUUAUCUUCCAUUAUUAUUAACCAACAAGCAUCAAGAGUAUUUUCAGGAUCUCUCGAUCAGAAUUCAUACAUAUCCGACUUGAUCAACAUUACAACUUCCACUUUUUUGAAAACUUCAUCUAUUGACAAUGUUGUUCAGGAAUUUAAUGGAGUUACAAUAGAUACAGAUUAUAUUCUUGCCAAAUACGAUGGAUACUAUAAGGAAAUUGGAUUGGCUCUCAUAACCUUUGAUGAGAAUUUGUACACAAAUGGUAAUUCAACACAAUUGACUAAUUCAAAAGAAUUCACAUUAUACAAAUCUGGUUCUCCGUUAUCAUUGUCCAACUUAAUUGAACCAAUCUACAUUAGCUUUACAUUAGAAACAAACUCUUCAGUUUCUAACACUUCAUUAAGCUGCCAAUUUUGGAACGAAACAAAUCACAAAUGGGAAAGAGAAGGAUGUUCAGUUUAUUAUUUCAACAAUCAAACCAAGCAAUUAACUUGUCAAUGUAAUCACACAACUCUCUUUGCAGCAUUUGUAGAACAAGAAACUCCAACAAAUGCAGAAUUCCUUAAACAAGUUUCUUCACUCUACAUUGCUCAAAUUUCAUUCGGCUCUUUAUUCUUGAUUCUAUCAUCGAUUACUUUAGUACUGUUGAUUGUUUUCAGAAAAUCUCAACCUGUCACUAGCAGAUUUGUAACUCCUUUUAUUGGAAUGGCAGCUCUUAUCAUUGAAUGUGCACUUUUACUUAUAACUCAGAGAGGUAUUCUACUGAGAUAUGCUAAUAGUGUUCUUGGAAAUCAAAAUGAUUUUGAAAAUAGUCAAUCUACAGUUCUUCAAUUACAAAAUGGAGAUUUGGCUGCUAAUAUCAUUUCGAAUAUUUUUACAAUUAUUGUAAACACCAUUACACUCACUGCAAUCUUUUCCUACUUGUAUCAAGUUUUAAGAUUCCAAGUAUUGAAAUAUUUUCAUCAUCAAAUAUGGUUGAGGUUUAAUUCUAAAGAACCAAAGAGUGAAACACUUCUCAAGGUUACAAAACUAUUCCUUUCAACCAAGGUAAUGCUUAUUGUAAUGUCAGUAUUUGUAACAUUGAAUGUAUUGUAUUGGACUCUGUGGGUUAUUCUCAUUCGUACUGGAGCCAUUACAGGCACUACGUAUACUCAUAUUGUUUCCAUUUCGUUUACUUGUUCGAUUCUCCUUCUAGGAUUCAUUAUUUGUUGUAUGAUUGCAUUGGAUUGGAUUAUGGUCUUCCUCUCCAAGAGAAAGGAAAACGAAAUUAUCAAACAAGGUCAAGAACAAACAACAGAUAAUGAAACAAGGAAGCUCAAUUUCUCUUUGAAUGAUUUACUUACUGGUAAAAGUUUGGAAAAACUGCAGAAAUUCGAUAAUUUUACAACUGCAAAGAAACUUGUAAAGAUUCCACUGAAAGGGGUUUAUGAAAAUAUUAUUAGAUUGGAUUCUCCAUUAUAUUUCAGAGCUGAGAUGUGUUUGUUUGUAAUGUGUUUUACCUUUUUGGUUAUUUCACAAAUUAUUGGCCUAUCAGGAUUGACUUAUCGAAAGACAGACUCUUUGAAAAUGUUACUAUUGAAUGAUUCUAUUUCAUUACUUUUUGACAUUCUCUACUUGUUCAGUUACUUGUUUGUAUUUGGAGGUUAUUCUUUAAUUGUGCUAUUUAUUCACAAGAUUAGAAAGAGCUCAUACGAAACUAAACAAGAUGAAGGAGAAGAGUUAGUGAAAUUAUUAGAACAUGCUGAGGGUUUGCAAUUGUUCGAAUGGUUCUGCGAAAAGGAGUAUUCCCUUGAAAAUUUACAACUUUAUUUGGAAAUCAAAAAUCAGAAUAAUGUUUUUGAAAACUUGGACGAUUCUCACCAAGCUCAAACAAUUAUUCUGCAUAUUUAUGAAACCUAUGUCAAGAACGGUUCUUUGAAGGAAGUUAACAUCCCAUCAGAUUGUAAGAAAUCAUUCGUUAAUCUUGUACAGGACCUGGACUCUACAGAUUCUAAAACUAAAGAUAUUGAAUUGGAAAAUGGAAAGAAUUUUGGCAAAAAGAAUCAAAUUUCACAAGAAUUGAAAGAGUCAAUCAGAAAAUCAAUUGAAACUCUCCAAAAUCAAGUUCUUUUCAAUUUGAGUGACACCUUUUCUAGAUUUAUCUUCACUCAACAAUUCGAAACUUAUCAAGGAAUUGUUAACUACAAGAAUAAGUUGAUGAAGCAAGCCAAUUUGGAAUAAAAACAAUAACACUUCUUUAUUG